AUGUUUAAAGGACUGUGUCCAACCGUCAUACGUGAGUCUACUGUUGCGUGCAAACGAAAAGAAGAGCAACAAGUCCAACAUAAUCAACCACAACCACCGAAGAAACCUCGCCUUGUGUUCACCGACAUUCAGAGGAGGACGCUUCAGGCAAUUUUCCGGGAAACGAAAAGGCCGUCAAGGGAGAUGCAGUUGACGAUCAGUCAGCAGCUGGGGCUUGAUCCCACAACGGUUGCCAACUUCUUCAUGAAUGCCAGACGAAGGGGUCAUGACCAGAAAACCGACGACGACAUGAGCACCGUCAGCGGCGGCAGCAAUCAUGCCUUAGACGAGCAGGUAACGACGUAG